GGCGCCAUCGCCUCUCGCUUUCCUGUGGGCUCCACACGGCAGCGAACGCGAGCACGCACGAGGUUUAGCUCUCGUCUAAUCCCCUCGCGCCGCCGGAGAGGGAGCAAGGGAGAGAGAUCUGCGCGCGGUCGGCCAUGGCGGCGGCGGCGGAGCAAGGGGUGGGCGCGGAGAGGAAAGAGAAGAAGGAGGAGGAGGAGGAGCAGGUGGUGAAUCCGUGGGAGGUGUCGGCGGGGAAGGGCGGCAUCGACUACGACAAGCUCGUGGACCAGUUUGGGUGCCAGCGGAUCGACGACGCGCUCGUCGACCGCAUCGCGCGCCUCACCGGCCGACCGCCGCACUGCUUCCUCCGCCGAGGCCUCUUCUUCGCCCACCGUGAUUUGAACGAGCUACUGGAUUUGUAUGAGAAGGGGGAGAAGUUCUACCUCUACACGGGGAGGGGACCAUCGUCGGAGGCCCUGCACCUCGGUCACCUCAUCCCCUUCAUGUUCACAAAAUACUUGCAGGAGGCUUUUAAGGUGCCCCUAGUUAUACAACUGACUGACGAUGAGAAGUUCCUGUGGAAAAACUUGACUGUUCAGGAAAGUAAAAGGCUUGCCCGUGAAAAUGCUAAAGACAUUAUAGCAUGUGGUUUUGACAUUGAAAGAACAUUCAUUUUCUCUGAUUUUUCUUAUGUUGGAGGUGCUUUUUAUGAAAACAUGAUGCAAGUUGCCAGAUGUGUAACUAUGAAUAAGGCUAUAGGAAUAUUUGGGUUCAAUCUUGAGGAUCACAUAGGAAAGGUUAGCUUUCCUCCAGUGCAGGCAGUCCCAUCAUUCCCUUCUUCAUUUCCCCACCUCUUCGCUGGCAAGGACCAACUGCGGUGCCUUAUCCCAUGUGCAAUUGAUCAGGAUCCCUAUUUCAGGAUGACUCGUGAUGUUGCUCCUAGAAUUGGUUAUCAGAAACCAUCACUGAUUGAAUCUAGAUUUUUCCCUGCUCUUCAGGGGGAGAACACAAAAAUGUCAGCCAGUGACGCAAAUUCGGCGAUAUAUGUGACAGAUAGUGCUAAAGAAAUAAAGACAAAGGUGAAUAAAUAUGCCUUCUCAGGUGGCCAGGACUCAAUAGAGCUGCAUAGAAAACUUGGAGCUAACCUUGAUGUGGAUGUCCCAAUCAAAUACCUGAACUUCUUCCUUGAAGAUGAUGACGAGCUUGCACACAUAAAGAAGGAGUACAAGGAGGGAAGGAUGUUGACGGGUGAAGUGAAGCAACGACUUAUUGCAGUUCUAUCUGAGAUUGUUGCUAGGCAUCAAAGAGCUAGAGCUCAAGUGACCGAAGAGAUGGUUGAUGCAUUCAUGGCAGUGAGGCCGCUUCCGAACAUGUUUGGCUGAGCAUCAUGGCGACAACGUGGAACAUACAUUUUUGUUAUCAUGGAGAAUUAAGGGUCUUUAGAAUUAUGGUAUCACCAUAAUGUAUCUCCUGUGUUUCACUUCUGGAUUUAUGCUAACCUAGCCAAACAUCCCAUGUGGUGAUGUGGUGGCUGUGGUAGAUUUUGUAGACUCAUACAUGAUAUAUGGUAUCAAUUCAGAUAUUUUUGUCAUUGUAAUAGCGAAUACCUCAUUUUUUAGGUAUAAAAACAGAUGUUAUUUUUGUUUAA